AGGAUGGGGGGAGCGAAGGUGAGAGGAAUGUUCGUAGGUUAAUUUUAAAGUCUAAUUCCUUUAUUCUGCAGAUGCAACUUGUUCCUGAGAAUCACUGGGAGAUUCAAAGCAAGUUACUGUCACAGGGUUUGAUCCCAACACAACUAGAGAGCAGUCCUGAACUACUAUCUACCUCUCCCGGGGCCCUCUGACUAUCUUUGAUCAGACUUUACUGUCUUUACCUUGCACUAGACGUUAUUCCCUUAUCGUGUAUCUGUACAUUGUAAAUGGUUCAAUUACAAUAAUGGAUUGUCUUCCCGCUGACUGGAUAGCCACACAACAAAAGCUUUUCACUGUACCUCGGUACACGUGUUAGUGAACUAAACUGAACUGAAUUAAGUUGGAAAGAGCGCAGAGAAGAUUUACGGGAGUGUUUCCAGGACUCGAAGACUUGAGCUCUAGGGAGAGGUUGGGCAGACUAAGACUUUAUUCCUUGGAGCGCAGGAGGAUGAGGGGUGAUCUGAAAGAUGCGUGCAAUAUCAUGAGGGAAAUUGAGCGUGAAUCCACAGUCUCUUACCCGUGGUAGAGGCUUAGGGUUAAAGUGAGGGAGGAAAGAUUCCAUUGGAACAUGAGGGGCAACUUUUUUACUCAGAGGGUGGCGGGUCUGUGCAACAAGCUACCAGAGGAACUAAUUGAAGCAGGUACUAUAUCAACAUCUAAAGUACAUUUGGACAGUGGCAUGGAUGGAAAAUGUUUAUAAAGGUAUGGGCCAAUUGUGAACAAGUGGGACUAGCAUAGAUGGGGCAUUGUGUUGGUACGGACCAGUUGGGCCAAAUGACGUACAUUGAUUAAGAGGGAGAUACUUUGCUGCCUUACAUACACCUCUGCUACAGAAAGAACCACCAGCAACCUCUCUGCUUUCCUCUAGGAGAACGCACACAACUGAAGACAAGGAGGAGCCCCGGUGCCCAGACCUCCCCCCCCGGGCAGUGCUGGGACCACUGGAUCAUCACACAGGCGGGACAAGGACAGACAGAGAAGGAGAAUGGGAAAUGCCAGCUCCAGGCAACAGGCGGCUCAGUCUGAGACCCUCUCAUAUUUCACACAGGAAGGGCUCAGCAAACUGAACUUUGAGUUCAAAACGGGAGGUGUGGAAAAGGUUCAACCUCUGCUGGAAAAAAAGGUGAAAGAACUGGACAACACCGAGCUGAACGUCGCCGUGACGGGAGACACGGGUGCAGGAAUGUCCACCCUCAUCAACGCCAUGAGAGGGCUUCGUAACGAUGAUGAGGGAGCGGCUGCGGUUGGGACCACGGAAACUACAAUGGAGCCAACCGGAUACUCACAUCCCACUCUGCCCAAUGUCCGCUACUGGGACCUGCCGGGGAUCGGAACUCCACGAUUCACCGCGGGUUCCUACCUGAAGGAAAUGCAAUUUAAAAAAUACGAUUUCUUCAUCAUAGUGUCAGCUGGUCGAUUCGCAGAGAAUGAUGAAAUACUUGCCAAAGAGAUGAAGCGGCUGGGGAAGAAGUUCUAUUUUGUCCGUUCUAAGAUUGACGUUGUCCUUGAUUGUAUGCGGAGAGAACGAGUUGAAUUUGAUGAAGUUGCAGAAAUGGAAAAUAUCCGGAGUGACUGCGUCAGUAGGUUGGGAAAGGCCGGGAUCCCUGAUCCCACCGUGUUCCUGAUAUCCAGUUUCAAGAAGAAUAUGUAUGAUUUCCCUCGGUUAAUGGAAGCACUGGAAUAUAGAGAACCCUGUCUUUGUUCUGGCCCAACACAACGUCAGUGUGGAGGUUAUUCGGAAGAAAGGUGAGAUAUUGAAGAAACGUAUCUGGAUGUUGUCGAUCAUGUUGGGA